CUGAUGUGCGGUAUUGCUACAGCGCGAUCAGUGACAUUGUGGCGAAUUCGGAGGGCACGGACAGCGGGGCAUGCACUUACAUCAAGUACCAGGUCACCACGAGCACCCGGACCACCAAGACAAGCAGCACAGAGACCAGCAGCACCAUCAGCAGCAUGACAGACACCUCCACCCUGAGUGGGACCGCGACCAGCUCGGUAACGCUGACAUUCACUAUCAGCUCGUUCAGUGUCACAGUCACAACGAGUAGCUCAUCCGCCAGUAGCAGCACGACAGUUACAGCAGCGACCUCGACUGCCACUACUUUUUCAGGCGCUGCUUCAACGACGGUUACAAGUGUAUCCACGGAAGCAUUGUACAUUGACGGUCCGCGAGUAGCCAGUGCUGCAUGGUCUGGUCUAUGCUACAGCCCACCUUCCUCGAGGACUGAUGCUGAGGCGGCGUGCAACGCAGAUCCUGAUUGCACUGCCCUGCAUGACAACGACUGUACGGACAUUGGUGUGCGAUAUUGCUAUAGCGCGAUCAGUGACAUUGUGGCGAACUGGGAGGGCACGAACAGCAGGGCCUGCACCUACAUCAAGUACCAGGUCACCACCAGCACCCUCAGCACAACCACAUCAACCAUUGCGACUGUAUCCACGGAAGCAUUGUACAUUGACGGUCCGCGGGUGGCCAGUGCUGCGUGGUCUGGUCUAUGCUACAGCCCAUCGUCCUCGAGGGCUGACGCUGAAGCGGCGUGCAACGCAGAUCCUGAUUGCAUUGCCCUGCAUGACAACGACUGUACGAACACAGGUGUGCGAUAUUGCUACAGCGCGAUCAGUCGACAUUGUGGCGAACUGGGAGGGGACGAACAGCAGGGCUUGCACCUACGUCAAGUACCAGGUUACCACCAGCACUCUCAGCACAGCAACAUCAGUCAGUGAGACUGUCUCAACUGCUACCACUACUGUGACAACCGUAUCCACUGAAGCUUUCUACAUUGACGGUCCACGAGUGGCCAUUGCUGCGUGGUCUGGUCUGUGUUACAGCCAAACGUCCACGAGGGCUGAUGCUGAGGCAGCGUGCAACGCAGAUCCUGAUUGCACUGCCCUGCAUGACAACGACUGUACGGAUACUGAUGUGCGGUAUUGCUACAGCGCGAUCAGUGACAUUGUGGCGAAUUCGGAGGGCACGGACAGCGGGGCAUGCACUUACAUCAAGUACCAGGUGACCACGAGCACCCGGACCACCAAGACAAGCAGCACAGAGAGCAGCAGUACCAUCAGCAGCAUGACAGACACCUCCACCCUGAGUGGGACCGCGACCAGCUCGGUAACGCUGACAUUCACUAUCAGCUCGUUCAGUGUCACAGUCACAACGAGUAGCUCAUUCGCCAGUAGCAGCACGACAGUUACAGCAGCGACCUCGACUGCCACUACUUUUUCAGGCGCUGCUUCAACGACGGUUACAAGUGUAUCCACGGAAGCAUUGUACAUUGACGGUCCGCGAGUAGCCAGUGCUGCAUGGUCUGGGCUAUGCUACAGCCCAUCGUCCUCGAGGGCUGAUGCUGAGGCGGCGUGCAACGCAGAUCCUGAUUGCAUUGCCCUGCAUGACAACGACUGUACGAACACAGGUGUGCGAUAUUGCUACAGCGCGAUCAGCGACAUUGUGGUGAACUGGGGGGGCACGAACAGCAGGGCCUGCACCUACAUCAAGUACCAGGUCACCACCAGCACCCUCAGCACAACCACAUCAACCAUUGCGACUGUAUCCACGGAAGCAUUGUACAUUGAGGGUCCGCGGGUGGCCAGUGCUGCAUGGUCUGGUCUAUGCUACAGCCCAUCGUCCUCGAGGGCUGACGCUGAAGCGGCGUGCAACGCAGAUCCUGAUUGCACUGCCCUGCAUGACAACGACUGUA